GAAGCACACGUAUAUUGGUGCUAGGAAAGGGUUGGUUUUCUGUGACCUGGGCUCUCUGUAUGUAGUAGAGGACAGGCACUGAGUAUAGGACAGAGGCAAGAAUGAACAUGUCUGCUGCCAAGAUCUGCUGUGGAAUAUUUUGCUGCCUUCUGAGACAAGAAAUCUGGAGAAAGAAAUAAGAGAUACCCACCCUUCAGUUGUGGAUGAAGAAUUCAGUUUGCAGAGGCAGUGGAAUGCUCCAUGAUCUUUGGAACAAAGCAUCAUGGAGGUGUGUAUAUUCUUCCUUCCGUCGAUGAUACUUCUCCCAGGUAUUGCUGCCAACGUGCAUCAGGUGAAGUCAUUUCUCAAUCACACUGCAUACCUAUCCUGCUAUUUUCCAAACUCUCAGAAAACUGACAUCAAGGACUUAAGAGUUUUUUGGCAAAAAGGUGCUGUUGAGGUGGUACACGAAGUAUACUAUGGCCAGGAAAUACACGAGAACCUUAGCCCUAAAUAUGUAAAUCGCACCAAAAUGGAUAUGGACAGAUGGACCUUGCAAUUGCUAAAUGCGGGGAUUGUGGAUGAGGGACGGUAUACAUGUAUUAUACAGCAUAGAGAGAAAGGAUUGCCAAAGGUCAUACACACAUCUGAGUGCUCAUUGCACAUCAUUGCCAACUAUAGUCAACCUGAGAUAGCACAGCUACACACUGGGGAACUAAAGCCCAACGAAUACUUGAAUCUUUCCUGCUCUUCCAGCGGAGGCUAUCCAGAGCCCAGGCAGAUGAUCUGGCUAAUAUCACAAGCAAAUACAACACACAGACUUACACAACACAUGGAUGUGUCACAGGAUGCUGUAACAAAGCUGUACAAUGUUACCAGCAAGCUGAAUAUCACAGUUCCUACAAACACCCUCACUAAUAUUAGCUGUUUGCUUCACCUUGGAGAGCACCUGGGGAGCCUUGUCUCAGUGCCACUAGGCAUAGAGAUACAGGGGAAAGAAAUGGAACAAGUGAAGAUACAAUUCUUUGGCCCACUUAUAGCUGCGAUUAUAGUGAUCAUACUUCUUCUCGGUUUUGUGAUAUUGAGGAAGAAGAGAAAUAUCUCAUCUACCCAACAGAGUGUCAGCCUAGCAGUCUAGAAGCUAUCCGGCUGUGAACUGAGGCCAACGACCAGACUGCUAACUGAGAAGUGUCUCUGCACUUAGCAAGGCCUGGGCUUCCAUAUUUUCAGAUACUCUGUCCAGUGCCAGAACAAGACUCCUCUUCAGGUAUUAGAACAACAUGCAACAUUUUUGUCUGAUUGCUGAAAUCCACUCUACAGUGUCCCCUGCUUUUAUUUUGCUACAGAAUGGUAGCAAAUAUGAUGCUCUGCCUGUCUCCAUGACUUUCUUUUAUCCUUUGGCAACACUCUGCUGAUCCACACAAAAGAUAACAAGUGCAUUAUGCCACAGCAGCCACUUGGUUUGGCUGGCACUGCCCCUUGCACAAGGGAUUUAAUGGGCUUUGGCCAAACAAUUGCCAGUGCCCACCUCAGUGUUCUGCGUUAUUCAUUGACUAGCACAUGAACUUUCCUGGCUCCCAGUGCAGUUAUUCUGUCUGCGCUCCUGACAACUAUUGAAUAGACCACCUUGGAGAUUUGCACCCAGUGAUUUGUUUCAUUGCCAUGAGGAUUAAUGUAUUUUUGCCUUCUCCUAUGAAACCACUCAGAAAUGAAGAACCAAACUUAGUGAACCCAUUAAAUAUAGAAAGAAGAGACAAAGUCCAGUAUAACCUUGCCAUCCACAUUCCGCAAGAAAAGGAAACUUUCUUCAGACACAAAAAGGUAGAAAGGCACAAUAUAUUUAGCAAGUGGACAGAAAGGAAGAUGGUGAUGUCUGAAGGGUAGAAAUCUUCCCACUUUGUCAAGAGUAACCAAUACCCAGAGAAGCACAGCAGGCAGCUGCUCCAACUAGCAUGUGGACAAAAUCUCCUCUUUUCCUUUUUGCUGGGACUCCUUCAUGGACUUGACAGGACUACAGAAGACUUUGCUAUAUAUUAGCCAGGCCUAUUCAACAUUGUGAUCACCCGUUAUGGUCUCCCUCUUCACCUGAAGGGCACCAGCAGUGAGUAUUACUAGCUAAGUGUCAGUAUUUUAAGGGCAGGAGCUGACUUUGGAAAAUCCAGAGAUUCCAGAGAUGCACAGAGAUAAGCCAUUCAAAAAUCAAAACAUUCUCCAAGCCAGUGCAGUUCUUCAGUUGGAUGGCUUGGUUUGAUCCUUGUGACUUUUUGCUGUAUCUUUAAUUAUGCACUGUGAUAUUGUAAAAUCGUGACUGUAAGACCUGAUGAAGAAAGCAGAGCUUUGUGGGAUACAGAAGGAAAUGUCUCAGAAAUGGAAGGAAUUAGGCCACAGUCUUCUGAAUCAUAAUCUUCACUGGAAAUAUGACCAGACGCAGGCUCUUAAUCAUGAGCCAUAAACGCUUUUGGCAGAGUCAGAGUGGCUUUGUGGCACUAACUUUCUUGCACAGCUCUACAGUAGAAAGAGGAACAUCAGGGUCCUUCCCCACCUUCUGAGGUGAAAGGAAAGUUGUGCAAUUCCUACCAGGCAUUUGAAAUGAGACAUCAGCUGAUUUAAGGACUUUCUUUCAACACAAUUUCUAGUUAUUUUAACUUUUUUUUGUAACCAUCCAACUCAAUAUGUCCAGCCAGUCAGUACCUCCACAUUUUGUUCCUCUGUAUCCUGACCAGGUUGUUCAGAUGGAUGCAGGGACAGGAAAUUAAAGCAUGAGGGAUCACUCAUAUAUAUAAACCUAAAUAAACAAAAUGAAGUUAAGCAGAUAUUAAAAAAUAUAUUAUAGAAGUAGGCCAUGUUCCAGUUUGGUUGACUAUGUUCUCCUUCUCUUAAUUUUGCUUCAAUGUUUGAAGCAAUCCAUACACUAUAGUAAUCUCAACUACAGGAUGUAGUUACAUUUUCAGAAUAGAUUCUCUGUUUCACUCAAAAUGUGCCAGCUCUGCCAUCUUGAACAAUCUCUGCACUGUAUAUUCUUCAACACCAGUGACAUCUUUGAGGAGGAAGAAUGCAGCAAAAAUGAGACAAAAAUCUUCUGAGGUCUUGUUAGCCUUUUUAGGCCUUACAUUUGCAACAAGGCAGGGACUCAUUCUCAUGACACAAGACAUUCUCAUGACACAGGGACUCAUUCUCAUGACAUGAUUCUCACCUUCUCAAGACAAGUUUCAGCUCAGAGUUUCAUUUGGGGGAGAUAAAUUCUCUAUAGUUUCUACAGGGUACAAAUAUUAUUUUCUCUUAAAUGAUGAUGUGAGUUGCUAGAUGCUAUCUCCAUUUUCAUGGUGGUUGAGAAAAUUUGCAUGUCCUUUUGAGUGAAUAAAACCAUUUGGGAGUCAGUUUAUUAAGCUAUUACACUAACAUUCCAAAUAUUUUCAUUCAGAUUAAUAUCAUUCAAAUUUUAUUAAAAGUCAAAGGUUUUAUUUUUAUGUAGAAGUUUAU